AUGUCCCACGGGACCUACUACGAGUGCGAGCCCCGGGCUGGCCAGCAGCCACUUGAGUUCUCAGGGGCCCGAGUGGGGCCUGGGGAGCUGGGGGACAUGUGUGAGCAUGAGGCCUCCAUCGAUCUGUCUGCCUACAUCGAGUCUGGGGAGGAACAGCUCCUCUCUGACCUCUUUGCUGUGAAGCCGGCACCUGAGGCCCGAGGCCUUAAGGGCCCUGGAACCCCUGCCUUCCCCCACUACCUGCCGCCUGACCCGCGGUCCUUCGCCUACCCGCCACAUACCUUCGGCCCCGACAGGAAGGCCUUGGGGCCUGGCAUCUACAGCACCCCAGGGAGCUACGACCCCAGGGCUGUGGCUGUGAAGGAAGAGCCUCGGGGGCCCGAGGGCAGCCGGGGGGCCAGCCGCAGCGGCUACAACCCUCUGCAGUACCAAGUGGCACACUGUGGGCAGACGGCCAUGCACCUGCCCCCGGCCCUGGCAGCACCCAGCCAGCCCUUGCGCGUCCUCAAGGCCCCUUUGGCCGCUGCCGCGCCCCCCUGCAGCCCCCUCCUCAAGGCGCCCUCACCGGCUGGCGCCUCGCACAAGGGCAAGAAGGCCGUGAACAAAGACAGCCUGGAGUACCGGCUGCGGCGGGAACGGAACAACAUCGCGGUGCGCAAGAGCCGGGACAAGGCCAAGAGGCGCAUUCUGGAGACUCAGCAGAAGGUUCUAGAGUACAUGGCCGAGAAUGAGCGUCUGCGCAGCCGCGUGGAGCAGCUGACCCAGGAGCUGGACACCCUUCGCAACCUCUUCCGCCAGAUCCCUGAGGCGGCCAACCUCAUCAAGGGCGUAGGGGGCUGCAGCUGAGCCCGCCUGGCAGACUAUGGGCACCAGCCCCCGGGGCUCAGCCUGGCCCUGGGGACCCUCACCCUAGAAGCCCCACAGGCCGAGUCAGAGACAAA